CUCGCGAACGCUGCGUGAAUUAGCUGCGCUCGAGGUGUUUGUGAAUGUGCUGUUUGUUUGUAAACACACGUUCACUCCCAGACGAGCGAACGAACAAACAGCGAAAUGAAGCUGUGGGUUAGCAUAGCGCGUUAGCAUCACGUCCAGCAGACGAGGGAGAAUGAAAUGGCGCAACGUGAAGGGCUAACAUGCUAACUGAAUUAGCCUCCGAAGAGCCCAACACUCCUAAAAAGUGCAGUCGCUUAGAAACAUUCACCAUGGCAACCAUCAUAGUUUCCGCUAAAAUACUACAGAUACUUUUACUGCUGUUAAAUCAUAAUACAUGCACACCAGAUCUCAUUCAAACGCUGCAGCAGUGUUAUAGUUCGGCUAAUAGCUGAUAUGGUAUUUUAGUAGAAUUGAUUGUUACCAUGGUAAAAUGUAAAUGUUAGGGAUGUCACGGUACAGUGAUCAUAUCACAGUUAUUAUACAACAGAACUCAGACGCACCGUGGUAACGUUACUGUGUUUAUUUACUCCAACGUAAUUCAAAGUAUAGCAUGGUAUUACCAUGGUACCAUGUCUAUAAAUCACGCUAAGUCCAUGGUGCACGUAUCUUGUAGAAAGACAGCUGUUUAGUAAUCUUCAUUAGACAGAUGAGCAAAAAAAAAAAAAUGACCAAAGAAUAUGUAUUUAUUUAUUUAGAUACAUACAUGUCUACAUAUAAUAUCUACUAGUGCCUGGCAGUAAGGAUUUUUCUUUUAGUUGUGGAUAUAAAACUAGUAGGUUAUGUAGUUAAUAUAAACCAUACCUUAUGUUAUUGUAAUUUAAUAUAUUAAUUAAUUAAUUUAAUAGUGAAAUACUUGUUGCAACUUGAAGUGACUGUUUGAAGUAAUUUUUCAGGCAGUUUUAAUCAGGUUUGGGUAACUCUUUUUUUUCUUUCUUUUUUUAUUUACUAUUUUUUUUUAUUUUUAUGAAUGCACAUUUUCCUGAUGUGAAUGUUAUGUGUUAGACACUAGCUUGUAGAUUGGCCUGACCACACAUUGCAUUUUCACUUGUUCAUACUGAAUUAAUGGUAUACAGUCUGAUGUUUAGUACUGUCUGUGAUCAACCGUCUCUGAGAGACUCGGACACUCACAGUGGCUCUUCCAGUCAGGGACUGUCAAGAUUAAAAAGGGCAUCUGCUAUGACUGGCAUAGCUGUGGAUGAGAUUUUCUGAUACAGUUACGGAAUCGCUAUCAAGAGAUUUCGGAUGUGCAAUUUUUAAAACCCGAGGCUGCCAAUGAUCAUUAUUCUUGGUGCCUCAAUUUAUUUCUGUAAAAAAAAAAAAAAAAAAAGAAAAUAUAAAGCAUUGAAGUCUACAAUGGUGUUUUAAGUUGAACACCAUUUCCACGUCGACUCAUGUUACCAUUGUUUAAUUGUGAAGUUUUAUGUGUUUAUGUUGCUUAAGAGGUGGAGCAUGUUACAAGGUUUAUAAAUGAUUAAUUUCAAAAAUGUUUUUGGAAUAACAUGAACACAUGAAUUGUGCCCAGUGAGACCAGGAUUGUCUAUUAAGAAAAUUAAACACGUUCAAUGUUAAAUUUAAAUGUCUUCUACUUAUAAUCUACUAAUGGAAUAAAAAAAAAUUAAAACAUUUAAAUGCAUAUUAUUAUUAUUAUUAUUAUUAUGUAGACUACUAGCCAAAAGUUUGAAAUAAUCAAGUUUUUUUUUUUUUUUUUUUUAAGUCCGGUUAAAAAUACAGUAAAAAGUGAUAUUAUUACAAUUCAAAAGAGAGUUUUCUAUUGUAAUAUAUUUUAUUUCAAAUUCAGUGUCACUUGAUCUUUUAGAAAUCAUUCUCUUUAAAAAAAAAAAUUAAAAAUGUAAUACUUUUAUUCAAGGACACAUUAAAUUGAACAAAGUGACAGUAAAGACAUUUAUAAUGUUACAAAAGAUUUUAAAAUGCUUUUUCAAAUGCUGUUCAUCUGAAUUUUGUAUUUGUCAAAAAAUCAUGAAAAAAGUAUCAUAGCUUCCACAAAAAUAAUAAGCAUCACAAACUGUUUUGAACACUGAUAAUAAUCAUGACGAGCAGCAAAUAUUAGACUGAUUUCUGAAGGAUCAUGUGACACUGAAGACUGGAGUAAUGAUGCUCAGCUUUGAUCACAGAAAUAAAUGACAUUUUGCAAUAUAUACAAAUAGAAAGCAGGGAUUUCAAAUUCUUAAUUUCUAAACAUUUAUUCCAAAGUUUGACUAAAAUCCAAAAUAUAAACCAGGACUGUCAUACUCCUCGGUGUUGAAGGAGAGCGUGGGCUAUGGCAGAGACAGAAGUCACUGUGUCCAUGGAGGACAUGGUGGUGGUGAAGAGCGCUGAGGAAGAGGAUGCAGAUCCAGACAACCAAAGCAAGACUCAGAUGAUCCUGCAGCUGCAGCCCAUCACAGCUGGGCUUGGAGAUGAAAGCAGCGAGACAGAUGCUGCAGUUGUGGCUGUGGAGACACAAGAUGAGGCGUCUGCUGAAGGAGAGGAUUUGGAGCUUGGUUAUCCCAUUACAUGCGGCGAGAGUAAAGCCAUCCUCCUAUUCAAGAAGUUUGUCUGCCCAGGAAUCAAUGUCAAAUGUGUGAAGUAUGAGGAUCAGUUGAUUAGUCCAAAGCAGUUUGUGCACUUGUCGGGUAAAGCCACCUUGAAGGACUGGAAGCGAGCGAUCCGGAUGGGUGGGAUUAUGCUCAGGAAGAUGAUGGACUCGGGUCAGCUGGAUUUCUAUCAGCACAGCACUCUCUGCACAAACACCUGCCGCAGCACCAAGUUCGACCUGCUGAUCAACAACACGCGCUUCCCACCGGACGGCAGUGGGCUCAGCACACCCACCACAGCUCAGGGGCAUGUUUCUGUGGGUAACGGAGGUCAGACGGCCACAGCAGAGGAGAAGAAAGAAGACGUGAUCGGUACGGUGGAGUGGAGCACAGCCAUGGUAGAAACCCCAGAGAAAAGAGACUCACCUGAUAUCUCAGACGAGACGCUGAGUUUCUGGAGGGGCAUCGCUGAGGUGGGGCUGAUGGGGGAGGUGGUGACCAAUAUCCGCUCAGAGCUGCUGAGUCUGCUGAGAGGAGUUCAGCUGCGCACGGAUCAGAGCUCUCUACAGGACGCAGAGAUUGCGGUUCUGAGUAACCUGGCACAAGUCUUUGACCUGCUGGACUCCAUCAAACAAAUUCUGAAUGUUCGACGGCAAAUGACGGACCCGGAGCAGACGCAGGUCCUCAGAGCACUGACAACAUUGGAACAGCAGGUGGAGGAGCAGAAACGGCAACAGUCGCUCAGCUGGUUGUCUCAAUCCCAGGCCCUCAGCAGUCUGGUUCUCCCCUCUACGCCUCCAUCCAAACGUGCUCCCAAACGCCCCCGCCUCCAGCGGCCCGCCUCCACCACCGUGCUCGGCACGUCCGUCGCCCAGCCGCUUACCCUUCAGCCCCAGCAGUUCACUGUGCUCUCCCCCAUCACCCUCUCCUCCAUCGGCCAGUCGUUCGCGGUGGCCGGCCUCAACCAAGCCUCCAACACGGUCACCCUACACGCUCUCCCCGCCGGCUCACAGCUCUUCACCAGAAUCGCUGCGGGUUCGGACGGAAAAACCGAAGCCAUCACGCUCCAUCCGGCUUCUGGGCUCACGCUGCUGGGCACCACAGCCAUGCAGGACCACGGGCAGCUUAUGAGCCCCGUCGAGCUCGUCCAGUUCACGCAGAAGACGACCUCCGGCGUAGCCCAGGAGGGUCAGAUGGUGGCAGGUACGGUAGUGAUGCAAGAGAGCGUCGUCAGUGUCGUGCAGGAGGAGGAGAACCAAGACAACACCACCCUCAUCGAGAUAGACCCAGCCGCCGGCGACCACAGCGUGAGCGUCAUGGAGCUGCAGCUCGAGGGCGAGGAAGCCGAGGGCGGAGCGACUGUGGUGGAAGGAGGUGAGGAGGUGGUGCAAGGCGAGACGGAGGAGAUACAGCUGGAGGCCAACGGUCAGUUCCACAAUUUGCCCGUUGUAGUGGUAGAGGAAGAGACGCAGGGCGCCGACAAAGCCAAAUGAGACACCGACACGCUCACACAAACCGCCCUCAGAGACUGACGGACCCGAAUCAGACAGGGACGGGGAUUGUGUCGCCCCAGGUGGAGUUUGUGUUUGCCCUUCCAGCUGUCUCGUUUUUUCAUUACUCUCUUCCUGCACAGCCAAGCUCAGCUCUUCAAGCCUGACGUGUCACGUAUUUGUAAAAGCAAGUUCAGUAUUCCUUUUUUUUUUACGUGCGAAAAGCAACAAUUUGUGAUGUUUCGUUGGAACACAUUCAGUAUUUGCUUUUGUUUUUGAGUGUGGAAGUUUAGACCAGGCACUUAUUUUUCAGUUUCCCUUUAUUUUGGUGCCAAAAUGUCUUGUUGUAGCCAGAUUAUCCACUUUGUGAAUCUCCAAUCUGAAGGUGAAGACUCACAAUUCAAGUGAUAUUUAAGACACUCCCAUAAUGAGAAAUUACACUGUCUGUGGUCUCUUUGUACUUACUGACAUCAGGGUAUAAAUGGCACUAAUGUUGGUGAUAUUUUAGCACAGUGGUUUUUAACUCCGGACCUGGAGACCCGCAGCACUUCAGUUCAUGCAGCGCUCUGCUAGUGAUAUUAUAGUCUGAAUUGUGUGUAAAUAAAGGAGGUAAAAGUGCAAUGCUUGGGUUCCCAGGAUCAGAGUUGAGAUCCACACCGUUAGCACACAUAAUGAAAGAUGUGUUAUGAAUGUUUGUGAAUGGAUCCUGUGUGUCCUUCACUGAAAUAAAACGGAUCUUCCUUU